UGUGCACAGCUUCGCACCUGGGGCUGACUACUGAACAUCUGAUCCUAUCACCAUGAGCUGCAGCAUCAAGAGAAUGUCCAGCACCUCGUACCGGAGCGGAGGAGGAGGUGGCGGUGCCUGCGGGGGCAGCAGCGGCCGCAGCUCCUCCGUGUCCUGCCGGCGCUAUGCCUCCUCCGUCAUUGGCGGGGGCAGCUACGGCGGCGGCCUCAGCAUGGGCACCAUGGGCAGCAUGGGCAGCAUGGGCGGCGGCUUUGGCGGGGGCUUUGCGGGCAGCUGCGGCCCCGGCGGGGACCUGCUGCUCAGCGGCAAUGAGAAGGUCACCAUGCAGAACCUCAACGACCGCCUGGCCUCUUACCUGGACAAGGUGCGGAUGCUGGAGGAAGAGAACGCUCAGCUGGAGCACCACAUCCGCGAGUGGUACAGGAAACAAGCUCCCAGCGUUUCCAAGGACUACAGCUCCUACUACCAGACCAUCGAACAACUCCAAAGUCAGAUUAUUUCGGCCACUGUGGACAACAACAGGAUGAUUCUGGACAUUGACAACAGCAAGAUGACUGCUGAUGACUUCAGAAUGAAGUAUGAGAAUGAGCUGGUCAUCCGUCAGACCGUGGAGGCUGACAUCAAUGGCCUGAGGAACAUCCUGGAUGGUCUCACCAGCACUCGGUCCUCCCUGGAAUGUGAGCUGGAGUCCCUGAGGGAUGAGCUGACUGCUCUCAAGAGAAACCAUGAGGAGGAAAUGAGGCAGCUCCAGUCCCAGACUGGUGGCGAUGUCAGCGUGGAGGUCAAUGCUGCCCCUGGACAAGACUUGACAAAGAUCCUGAAUGACCUGAGAGAUGAAUAUGAGCAGAUCAUUGCAAGGAACCGCAAGGAAGUGGAGCAGUGGUAUGAGGUCAAGAUCCAAGAAGUCAACCAGCAGGUCACUUCCAGCAGCCAGGACAUCCAGACCAGCAGCCACCAGCUGAGCGAGCUGAGGCGUGAGAUGCAGAACCUGGAGAUCGAACUGCAGGCACAGCUCAGCACGAAAAGCUCUCUGGAGAACUCCCUGGCAGAAACCGAGUCUCGCUACGGCCGCAUGCUCCAACAAAUCCAGGCGCAGGUCUGCUCCGUGGAGGAGGAGCUGGGCAGCAUCCGCUGUGAGAUGGAGGGGCAGAGCCAGGAGUACAAGAUGCUGCUGGGCAUCAAGAUGCGCCUGGAGCAGGAGAUCCAGCAGUACCGGUCGCUGCUGCAGGAGGGGCAGCAGGAUCUUGUAUCAUGUCAAGGAGCUCUCCAAGGAGGAGGAGGACAGUCAAGAGUGUGUUAAGAUACCACCGACGUGUUGGACUUCCCUGAUCCAGUCACUGCCAUGGGAGCAGCCAGCCCUCAGCGUGGUGUGACCUACCCUGCUCUCCAAAUGCUAUCCAUGAAAUCAAAAUUAAUAAUUACUAGACUUCUCCUAAAACUAUUUACCCCUCCCUUUUGAUCCUGGCCAGCACUGUGAUCCCUGUGCUCACACACAGGUCUCUGCAGUGCACUUGGUUCUCUACUG